GUAAGAGCUUCAUGCCACAGAGAAGGUGAAAGGCACGAAGAAGAAGUCUUAAGCUGAUAGAAGAUGGAAAUGGCGGCGCCAGCUGAAAGGAUGGAGGGGGAGAGCUCAGUGAAACCUGCAGCCGAAGACAUGACGUCAAAGGACUACUACUUUGACUCCUACGCUCACUUUGGAAUCCAUGAAGAGAUGCUGAAAGAUGAAGUUCGCACUUUGACCUACCGUAACUCCAUGUUCCACAACAAGCACCUGUUCAAAGAUAAGGUGGUUCUGGAUGUGGGCAGUGGGACGGGCAUCCUCUGCAUGUUUGCUGCCAAAGCUGGAGCCAAGAAGGUUAUAGGGAUCGAGUGCAGCAGCAUCUCAGACUACGCUGUGAAAAUAGUCAAAGCCAACAACCUGGACGAUGUGGUGACCAUCAUUAAAGGGAAGGUGGAGGAGGUGGAGCUGCCUGUGGAGGGAGUGGACAUCAUCAUUUCAGAGUGGAUGGGCUACUGUCUCUUCUAUGAGUCCAUGCUCAACACGGUCAUCUAUGCCCGGGACAAAUGGCUGAAACCAGAUGGACUCAUCUUUCCUGACAGAGCAACUCUGUAUGUGACGGCGAUUGAAGACCGGCAGUACAAGGACUACAAGAUCCACUGGUGGGAGAACGUCUAUGGCUUCGACAUGUCCUGCAUCAAGGAGGUGGCCAUCAAGGAGCCCCUGGUGGACGUGGUGGAUCCUAAACAGCUGGUGUCAAACUCCUGUCUCAUUAGGGAGGUGGACAUCUACACGGUGAAGGUGGAAGACCUGACCUUCACCUCUCCGUUCUGCCUUCAGGUGAAGAGGAACGACUACAUCCACGCUCUGGUCACCUACUUCAACAUCGAGUUCACUCGCUGCCACAAGAGGAUCGGCUUCUCCACCAGUCCAGAGUCUCCCUACACCCACUGGAAGCAGACUGUCUUCUACCUGGAUGAUUAUCUGACUGUAAAGACCGGAGAGGAGAUCUUUGGCACCAUCAGCAUGAAGCCGAACGCCAAGAACAAUAGGGACCUGGACUUCGCUGUAGAUGUGGACUUCAGGGGUCAGCUGUGCGAGAUGUCAAAGACUCUGGAGUACAGGAUGCGUUAGAAGCCCCGCCCCCUCCCCUCGGCCCUCCUUGUGUUAGUGUUCAGUAGGACAGGAUCUGGUUUCCGUGGGAGUGUACAGUAGUGAACGUCUCCCUGCAGCAACAUUUUAAAGUCACGUUUUCUUCUUCCGACAUUAACAGUAUUUAAAGUCUUUGAGUUGACUGGUGUCUGUGCUCCACCAGCUGUUAGCCUCCGUUGGGCUAAGUCUCCUUUACCUGAGCUACAGGUUCUAAUCGUUUCCUCCUCCAGCCGUCAGCUCUGAGGAGAGUUACCGUCCAAACGCAGCAGCUGUGGAGGAAGCAGCCGGUGGUUUCAGAGCGCCGGCAGGAGCUGCAUGAACUCAAACCACACGUCGUACUGCAACACAUCCGGUUUUAGGGUUUAUUAACAAAAAUGUUUCCUCCAUCUGCUGUGUAGUUUUACUGUUCAGAUGGAUUCAACAUGUCUGAGUGACAAACCUUAUUCAUUACACUUUUAUUAUUUUCUACUGUUUUGGCUGCUUUGUUUUUUUACUAAGAUUAAUAAACAUUUUGUUUCUCCCAUCA